AUGCGAAGAUUCAUAAUUUUAACCAUCAAAGGAAGAUAUCUACCACCAUAUUCUGUACGACCAGAUGCUUUCUCGUUCUGGCCUUUGAUACUAGAGAAACGAGAAUUUGCUAACUAUUCCGAUCUUGAAACAUUUGUUCGUAUUAUUGCUGAUCCAAAAAUAAUUCCAUCUGUUACUGUUUAUUUUAGUCAAUCGUGGCAUUUUAAUAUUGGUCAUGCACUCUUUGAUGGACUCUAUCCAGUAUAUGUUGCACUUAUUCGAUUUUCUCCGCGACAUCUUAAUCCUUUUCGUAUUCUUGCCGAAGUAGAAGAAUGCAAUAAUUGUUGGAGUGAAGAUAUUUAUAAUCGUUUUGGUGGUCUUGGUUUUUUAAAAAAAAGCGUAUUAGAUAAAAUGUCAAGAGAUAGAUGGUUUGUAUUUGAUGAAUUUGUUAUGGGUAGUGGAACUUUUUGUCAACGCUGUACACAACCUCAUUUACAAUUACCUGGUGGUGUUGAACUAGAUGCUUCACGACUUUUCCGCGAUAGAAUGUAUCAACAACAUGGUGUUUUACAUCCAAUCAUUCGACAAAAAUCUUCAUCUGAACAACGAACAUCUGAUAAUCUUCUUCGAGCAUAUAUUAUUGAUAAUAAACGUUUUACAGAUAAUGAUCGACAGCAACUGAAUGAUGUUAUCAAUGAACUAAAUAAUUAUACUAAUUUUCACUUGAAUAAAACUAUGAAUAUGUCAACGAAAUUAGAAUGGCCAUUGAUUACUGUGACUUAUAUUUAUUAUGAUCAAGUUAAAGCUGAAAACCUUAGUCACAUUCAAAUCAAUACGACACGAAUUGAUUCACGCAUACCACAGUACGAACUCAUUGAUAAUAAUUUCGUAGCACAAUUAAAGCUUUUACGACAAAUGGAUAUUCAUAUAAGUGGCCCGGGAACUGGUCAAAUGUAUCAAAUAUUCCUGUCCGAUGGAUCUGUUACAAUUAAUCUUGGAAGUAUAAGACCAUCGGAAUCGGAAAGUAAGAAAAAGGGAUAUACUUCAUAUCUAGAACAAUAUCUAACAAGUGGUGCGCCAUAUAUUAAAGGUCUUUAUUAUCCAAUUAAUGAGCGAUUAAAAGGUAUAAAAAAAGAUGAAGUGAUCAAAUUAAUUCGACAAGCCGGUCAACUUAUUCUACAAGGAUUUUCAUUACCAGUCAAUCCUCGAGAAAAUCUCGGAAUUGACGGUCAAUUAUUUGUGGAAAUGUGCGAAAAAGAUAAAAAAUUUUGUUCUCUAGUGACAGAAAGAUUACCGCAUACACCGUUUCGUUGUUUAGAUACAUGGGCAGAAGAUAUUGUACACGAAUAUCUUGCAUGGCAAGUGGAAGGUUUUGAAAAUGUUUCUUGCUCAAUGAAUCGUUCAUUAUUGUAUGAAUUAAGAGAAAAAUAUGGAAUCAAACACACGAGUGUUUAA